GCGGCCGCCAGACCUUCUCCGAGGGCGACCCUCUCGCUGGGUCUGCGGCGGGAGGCGCCAGCCACACGGAGGUGGCCGUCACUCUGGACGCAAACACUACGCGCUGCCUGGCGGUUCUGGUCGAUUUCGGAGAGGGGCUGAUGGAACCGCUCCAGAUGAACCAACGCUUCAUCGACGUGAUGCCAGACACAACCCGCCUAGUCCUCAAGCAGAUGUGCGAUGAGGUCAAGGACUCCCUUCCGUCUGCAGAGCGAGCCGGCCUGCUGCGACGGUACCGACACACGCUGGCCGUCCACGGCCUGGCCAAGGCCCGCCAGCUGACUGCCCACCUGUCCGCCGGCGCAGCCGCCGAACAACUGCGACAGUUCUCACGCACACACGCCGACAUCCUGCAGGGGGCGCUGGAGGGGACGGUCGCCGCCCUGGAGGCGGCACUGGCGGCCGCGCCGUGCCGACACCCUCGGCUGACGGCUCUCGUCUCGGCGCUGGUCCGGGCCGGCGACACCCAAUGUCACACGCCGACGGUGCUGGUGGUAGCGGAGCCGGGCUCGGACGUGCUGCUGGACGAGUUGCGGACCGCGCUGGGCGAGUUACCCUGGACGAGGCUCGUCCACCUGGCGCCGGACGAGUCUGACGAACGAGUGCGCGCAGCACUGAAGCAGCACAGCGUGGCGGUGGUGGCCGGCGCCGGGCCGGCCUGGUCUUUGGCACCGUUUUCGCUGGUGGUGCCACUGCUGACAGGCGCGGCCGCCUCCCUGCUGGAGCGCUGCCGCAGGGCCGGGGUCGCUUCGCUGGCGCUGCCCGUGCGCCUGGACUGGACGGCCGUGCAGCGACACGCGCCGUCCAGCAGAGGUCAGGGCCUGGGGCCGGUGGGUGAAGAGGUCAGCCGGCACCGCUCGGCCCCGCCGGGUCAGGGCCUGGGGCCGGCGGCGCACCGCUGGCACCUGCGCCGGCUCGAGGUCCUCUCUGGGCACACCGUCACUGUGCACACCCGGCACUACCGGGGGGUGCUCGGGCCGGCGGCGGCUGACCGGUCGUGGCCGGACCUGGUGCUGGCCGCUGACACCUGCCUGAUGGUGCGGCCGCUUGUGGAGCUCGCCAUGCCGGCCGCCGCCGACCGGCUGGCGGCGCAUGUGCGCGCACUUCGCGAGCAGAGCGCCCUCUGCUGGCUGCUGGUGCUCCGUAGCUUCCGUCGCGUCACUGAGAGCAGGCAGCGUGGGGCAGAUCUGUCCAUCGGCUUCCAGAGCGAGCCGGCCAACGAGCGACGGGAGGAGACGGCGCUGGCUCGGCUCCGGUCUCUGCUGGCGCCCGCCUGCCAGCUGCCGGAGUACACGGUCCGGAUGGUGUACGCCGACCCGGACAGCGCGAUUCACAUCAUCCUGGAUAUCCUGCUGGCGCCGGCCGGGCACAGGUGA